CUAUCCGCGCUGCAGUCGAAAGAGCGAGCUAAGGCUGCCAGAAAAGAGAAGCGUUUGCAAAAGAAGCGUUUGCAGACAUCCACGGGUGACAGUACUCAGAUCCUUUCCCACUCUGAAGCCGAGCGAGAGGCGGAAGAGUACUUGGAUGUGCACUCAGGGGUAAAAGGACACGUGCGUAGCGAGGGGGAGCUAUCAGCCUACAUAGAUACACACACACACACCGAUACAGCCACGCCUGAGGAUAUUCACGCGUACGAGAAUGCGGUCGCACACAACGAUGCAACCUCAAAGAGGCACGCACGCGACGGUACACCCAGGGACAAACUGACGGGCACACAGACGCACACUAAGGGUGUGCACUCGCGCACAGCCAGCUAUAGCUCACACAGGGGGAGCACUGCAGAGGGACUGGGGGACAGUGCAACAACAGCCACACCUACACACACCCACACCCCGACACACGUAGAUAGCGGAGAGGGUAUAGCUGCGCCACACACACACACACACACGCACGCACGUGCAAUCACAGGAGAGGUGGGAGAUGCGGCUAGGAAUACGGGUGGAGGUGCUGAGCACAGUUUGCUGGCCGGUGGGUCUUUGCCUGAAGUGCUGGUGAAGUUCGUGGACAAAUACUGUGCCAGUUUAAUGACCUCAGAGGACUUCACACCUACGCUGCUGUAUAAUAAGGUCUGUGGGUGGGUGCUUAUCGAUCUGCUGCUGUGUUGCGAAGUGCACGG